ACUAACUAAUUGAAGAAAGAAAAAGAAAAAAAGAGUUUUUAAAAAAGUGUCUUUUUAGAAGAAAAAUCUAAAGGCAUAUCAAAAAUUGGGAAUGGGGAGCAGCAUAGCAUGGAAGCAGCUUCUUCUCAAUGCUCUGGAAUCCAACACUCAUCUCAAACACUCUUCUUACAUGCAACUCGCAACCAUAGGAACCAACGGAAAACCUUCGAAUCGCACUGUCGUUUUCAGAGGUUUCCAAGACAACACCGAUAACAUCCUGGUUAACACUGAUACCCGAACUCGCAAGAUUGAAGAGCUCAAGAUUUGUUCCUCUGCUGAGAUAUGUUGGUAUUUCACAGAUUCGUGGGAGCAGUUUCGGAUAAAUGGUCAUGUAGAUAUUAUCGAUGCUACGAAUCCUGACCCGCUUAAACUUCAGCAAAGAGAAAAGUCUUGGUUUGCCGGUUCUGUGAGAUCACGGGCGCAAUAUUUAUGGCCCAACCCAGGGCUUCCGUGUCUAAAUGAACAAUCACGAACAGAAAUAUUGUUGGAUCCUUCUAUAGGUCCGGUUGAUGCUUUUUGUCUUCUGAUUCUAGAACCAGAUGAGGUUGAUUACUUGAAUCUAAAGAGUAACCAGAGAUUAACAUUCAGAUCAAGUUUGAACGCGGAAGCAAAGAAAAACUGGAUUGUCGAGAGGGUAAACCCGUGAUUUCUUAUCUAUCGUAUGUCGAUUUCACUGCAAUCAACUAAUUGCGUGUUUAGAGUAUCGGAGAGAGAAUUGACGGGAGUGUGCUGGUAAGAUUUUUAAUUUAAUGAGUCACUGUGUCAGCUUUCGGUCCGCAUAACUUUCUGAGCAAUUGAAUGCAGUUCAAUGUAAAUCUAUGACAUCUUAAUAAAUGGACAUCUUACUGGAAUCCUAUUUUAUCA